AUGGCGCUGAUGCUUUUGGCGCAUACCCUGGUUCGCAAAGAGACUCAGCAGGCGCAAUCCACACUCUCACUCCUCUCACCCCUCCGACGAGCCGUCCUCGGGAUCCCGUUCCUCUACCAGCGCAUCUCCUCGACGACACCCAUUACAGCCCUGAUAAGCACGAAGUCUCCCAACACAACCUUUUCCGUUCUCCACCUCGACGGCACAACCGACUGGAUCGUUGCGCAGCGCAACGCGCUCCUCGCUUGGACGGGGCACACACUGAGCGCCUCCCCGCGCAUCCAACAGGGUCUGUCGGUCGCGCACUGGGGCAACACACACCUCACGGGUCGCGGGUUGACGGCGCUUGCCGCGUCGGGGCAGAUUUACGAACUUACCCUGGGUGAGGGGGAGGAGAUGGUGCUGCACCCGUCGCACGUUGUCGCAUAUCCGGUCACACGCAACCCGCCGCUGCCGUUUCGUUUUAGGAGUACACGACUCAGCCUGCAGGUCCCGGCCGUCCCGACCUCGAUUACCAACGCUGCGGGACGGUUGAUGCCGGAGCGGGUGGCGCGGUUUUGGAACGCCAUGCGCGAUACGGGGACAUACAAGGCCCUGGCGCGGCUGCUCUACGGAUUGAGGACUACUGCGAGGCGGACGAUAUGGGGAGACCGGCUGUUCCUGCAAUUCAAGGGACCCAUGACGAUCCUGAUGUCAAGUCGUGGGGUGAGGGUGCGGGAUGUUCUGACCAGGGAGAACGUGAAUGAGAUCGCGGAUGCCGAGGCCGGCGCCGUCCCUGAGGCGGUCCAGCUGGCGAGCAAGCCCAAAAUUCUGGAGGAGAAGAGGCCCGAGCCCAAAGUCGUCCUCCAUGUUGCCAAUGUUGGCAAGGAUGGGAAGACCAACCAGGGACUACGGCUAUCAAGGGUUGAUGCCAACUUCUCAGGCAUGGCCCCUAGAAUUGAGGCUAGGAGACACCACGUCUCAUGGUCCACCAUAACCAAAUGGGAACUCGCCAUCAAAGUCGCCCCUGGCCGCAACAUCCGCCAUCACAAUUCAGUGCACCCACUCGACUUUUGUCCGUCAAUCCCUGGUGCCCCACGUACUCGGGUCGGGGGCCAUCGGACGCUGAAGGGUUGGGAGUGGAGUGACCAGUUUAUGCCGAAUACUCGACAGCUCCCGAGGGAGGGAGGAAGCCUCGUAGUUGAAGAGAUACCGGCCUCUGUGAGAAGGCUCACGGGAGACCAUGCAAAGAGGCAGCGUGUGGAGAGUUUUACAUGGGCACGAAAAGUCAGUCGAUCACCUCUUGUAGGUAAAUACACUGUUUCGUCCCUUUGCUCUGGCGUGGGGUUCGCUAACUUGGAGAAGGGGAUGAAGGUUGUUGGGCAUUGA